AUGAAAGGAAGGUAGGCAAGCUGUUGUAAGAGGUGGUAGAGUAGUUCCCCUGUCGUGGCUCAUAUUCCCAGCCUGUGUAAGCCUAGGUAGGUCAGUGACAACCUAUAAGGGGAACAACGAUGGGAGUGUGGGACCCACACACCCCGGUUGCCCGGCUCGCUGCUCACGGCGGGGCCCACUCCAAGUUGACCCUCCCCGCCCCGGUCUCCCGCUUGAAUCAUCGUGCCGAGCGGUCCGUAAGGAAACCUCACCGACUUUUGGCCCCUCGUUUUCGUCCUUGAAUGUUGUGUCCUCCCGCCUACUUCUGCGCCAAUUAAUUGACUUUCUUCAGCUCAUUCGGCUCAUUCGGCUCAUCCACCUGCCAAGGUCUCAUCCACCAUGUCUGCAGCCCAUCUCCGUGCCAUCGCCGAGAUCGAUGUUACGCAGCCCCUGCCCGCCGACCAGCUGAAAUCCACGCUGGUCAACCCGCCUUUCAUCUACGUGCCAGGCACUUUCAACACCCGCGACCUGGGUUUGGUCCCCUCGUCGUCGGGGACUUCCAAUUUCAGGAAGGGCUAUGCCUACCGCUCCGGUGCCCUGGUAGGCCUCGCCGCCGACGGUCAGGCGCUGCUUGCGGGGAAGCUGGGUGUGAAGAAGAUCUUUGAUCUGCGCUCGGUUAGGGAGCACGCCCAGGGCCCGGACCCCGUGAUCGAUGGGAUCCAGAAUGUCUGGAGAGAGACGACCGAGAAGGAUGCCGUGGUAGAACUGGCAGACUUCAUCGAGGGGCACGGCGAGAAGGGUUACGUGAAGAUAUACCUCGACGUCUUGAAGAUCUACCAGCCGAGCUUCAAAGAUGUGCUAGAGCACGUCCGAGAUAAUCCUCAAGAGCCUUUUCUGUUCCAUUGCACCGCCGGACGAGACCGAAGUGGCGUACUGGCCGGCAUGCUUCUCGCGUUGGCGGGAGUGGACGCCGACACCGUCAGCUUGGAUUUCAUGCUCUCUCGGGUCGGAACGGAACCCGCGCGCGAACAACUCCUGGCCUUUGCCAGGAAGGGAUCCGGGGCCGAGACUGACGACGCUCCUGGGUUCUACAAUCUGUGCAACCUGAGGACCGCCUGUUGGAAUGCCUUCCUUGACGCAGUGGACCGUGAGUACGGGGGGUUUGACGGGUAUGUGACUAAGACGCUGGGCUUCACCCACCAGGACCUGGCCAUCAUCAAGAAGAACCUUGCUAUGCCAAACUAAGACGCACAGGGUGGGUAGGAGGGCGUUGCUUGAUGCUUUGGCCCGUUUUUGUUGCGCACAGUUCUUGGUUUGUGUGGGCAGUCCAUUCCCUUGAAUAGCCAGUGUGAGAAACCUUGGGUUUCCUUUACUUUCCUGGCUCUUCUCAAUUCUCUAGAGCCAUUACGGAAGCCACCAUCUCGGUCAAAUAGUAGAAGAAUGAAGAGAAUAAAGUCCAGGUCCAAUCAAG